GACUGCACCCUCGGCAACUGGCUUCCCUAUGCCUACUUAUACCGCAGCUGCGUCUGGAGGUCUUUCCACGAGUUUUUUGGGUAGUACGAUCAUUGCCGCAGCUGUAGGAGGCUUGAUAAUGCUAUAGAAAACGCGAAAGGGGACUCAUACCCUGCGUGCGCGAGUAAGAUUGAUGUCGAAGGCUUGCAAUGUGUAUUCGGCGAACGGAUGCCUAAGCAGUGAACAGAAUCCUCAUCUUGUCGCUUCACAAAUAGGUUCCGCAGCUAUAAGUUCUUUCGCAAUUGUCCUAGACGUUGAUGAAACAACGACUUGAACCGAGCUAGCUGAGAACCUACCUCUUUCAUGUAUCGUGUUGUCUUCUGAUGCAGUAGCUUCGCGUGACGUCAUGACUGUCCAAUAUUACACCAUGAAUGCUUUUUCAGAGAAUGGACGUGUCCGCUCAACGUCUUCAACUCGUUGCGUACUCCCCAUAAAAAGAAAGAGAAUUGGCAACCAUGUCUCGCUCUACCUAUACCGCGUUUCAAAGACACUUGAUCUACUUCUCGACGCCUACAUCUCCACCAAGGCUCACUUUCGGAUCAGCUCUCCGUGCAGGCGUAUCGAUCGGUCUUGAUUUUCCUGUCGCAGUCUUGCUGAGCCUGUCACUAAGGCUUAUGUAUGCGCCAGUUCCUUUCCUCUGGUCUCCCAUCGUCGUGGACAAUAUUCCAACUUCAGCUCACCGCACUCAAUUGAGCUCUGCAACGUUACCAAAAGGCAAAGCCGAAUAUACCUGCACCGAGCUUUUAUCACUUCUUGAUAGUAGCCCGGAAGAGAAUGAGGGCAAAGGCUGGCUAAAACACAAGAUCGACCAGGGCCAUGUGAUAGGGUUCUGGACGAUGGCUGCAAAUGCGAGAACACAUGCUGUAAGCAGCGACGAUGUCGCACGGUUCCAGCACGGAGAGUGGGAGAAGCCUGUCGCUCAGAGGAGGCGUGGAACGGAUGACGUAUUGCCGCUUUGGCGAGGCGGGCCAAUUUGGGUGGGUGGUCACAGCUGGGCUGUAUGGAAACUCUUGGGAGUGCGGGUUUACGAGGACAGGAAACAACAGUAGUUGGGGAACUUGCUCUGGUCACCGUGGCAGAUACAGCGAGAGGAUUACCCUUGGGGCGCUGGGUGUGGGGGGUUUUCGCGACAACUUGGUGUGACGGUUUUCGCAUGUUCACGGCGAACGCUUAUGUCAAGGCUUACAUAGCAUCGCAAACUGCGAAAGCUUUGUUGGCGGAUCUAGACUCUUGCAUGCGAAACCGAAACCCGCUUUUCUUUUGCCCGAAGAAACCGUUUUUGCGCACCUUAAUAUCAUGAGAUGGUGCCUUUGACAGCGGCCGAGGUUCGGCAGACCCGCUUUUCUUCGCUCUAACGACGCAAUUCCGCGCUCACGUAAAGCUUUACAACCUGAACUAUC